AUGGGAACGCCCAACAAUCCAGGAGAAGAACAGGAGACUCUGCCUUGCGAUUAUUGCCACAAUCAGAUUGCUCUUCUCUUCUGCCGCGCUGAUUCCGCUAAACUUUGCCUAUUCUGCGACCACCAGGUUCACACCGCCAAUGCCCUCUCCGGUAAACACCUCCGCUCACAGAUCUGCGAGGGCUGCCGAUCCGCACCUGUCUCCGUCCGCUGCUCCACGGACAAUCUCCUCCUAUGCCGGGAAUGUGACUGGGAUGCUUACGGUCUCUACUCUGCUUCCGCCUCACACGAUCGGACCCCCAUUGAGGGGUUUAUUGGAUGCCCAUCGCCUCUUGAGCUCGCCCCCACCUGGGGAUUAGAUUUGAACCACCACCACACAAAAUCCACCAACAACCCACUUCAUGAUUCGGGUCAUUGGGAAUAUCUGUUGGCCGACCCGAACUCGUGGAUGCAAGAGGUGAUGGUGCCUGAGUCUGACGAGAGUGAUGUGUUUAAGAAGUCGAUUUCUAUAUGUGAGAAGCAAAAAAAUCAGCAGCAGGAGGAAGAGGAGGAGGAGGUACCGUUUACAUCUUUGGUUAUGAUGAAGCACGGUCGGGUUGAUGUGGAUCGGAUAGACGAUCCAACUUUGCAACACAACAUGCUUUGGAACUCCAUACCCGGAGACCGACCAGGCACUCAGAUAUGGGAUUUUGAUAUGGAACGAACGGCUAGUCCAGAUAGAAAUAAUGGGGGAUUGAUGAGUGAAGAUCAUAAGACAGGAAUAGGAUUAGGGAUGAAUCUCAAAAUCCAAAACAGCUCCAAAUCAUGUUUUGGAACACAAAAGGGAUAUGGUAUUGGUACUGGUGGUUCAGAUGAUAUAGAGGUUUUGGCAAGGAACACAGGCAAUGCGAUGCUUCGUUAUCUGGAGAAGAAGAAAUCCAGGAGGUAUGUGAAACACAUCGGGUAUGAGUCGAGGAAGGCAAGAGCUGACACUAGAGCUAAUCAAGGGUCGAUUUGUCAAGGCUGACGAUGCUUGACUUGAUGCAUUUUUUUCCGGGUUAAUGUCAUAAAUGGGCAACUUAAUGUAAUUAUUUGAUUUUUCAAAAUUGCUAUAAAAGUAAGCAAGUCGAAUUUUUUGUUUACAACACAAAAUACCAUAAUUUCAAUGGUAUUU